GGUCUGCCUGGCAAUCUCCCCCACUGCCUCCCCAGAGCGCAGGGCCGUUGCAAGCACUACAUCCUCCAGAGCCACUCAUUCUACCCCCUAUUACAUACUAUCCAAAGCUCUGCCUUCAAAAGAAAGCACUUUUCUGACCCUUCUUCCCCAAUAUAAAGCCUUCCACCUGCUCUUAUUUCCCAGGUAUCAAACGCCUCACAUCUGAAAUCAUGGGUAUCCUUAUCGAGCUCCGUGAUUACGCUGGGGACGGGAAGCUUCAUGCCCACAUUCUUUUCUAUGCCACUCUUGCGCUGCUUUCUUUUGGGCUUUUCCUUCUCUUGAAGAAGGAAUUCUCAAUUCAUUCCCCUACAAAGCUCCCAAUCGCUGGCAUCGAAUCCCCAGGCUACCUUGGCAUACUCAAAGCAAGAUUCAAAUUUGUCUCCAAUGGCUUCAAUAUCGUGAGGGAUGCUUAUCACAAGGUUAGUCCAUAUACCGCCCGCUCUAUUACUAGCCAUCAUCUAUCUUAAAACGAGCCAACCAGUAUUACGAACCAAGGCGUUAACCAUAUACGAUCUUACCAGUACCCAGGAAGAAACUUUGUCGUCACAACCUACGGCUGCGACAAGAUUAUUCUUACACAUGCUCAAGUUAAAGAGCUCGCAAGCGCGCCGGAAGAUGUAGUUAGCAUUCAACAUGCUUCCGCCGAAGUAGACACCCCAUUACUCUGAAUAUUGCCCUUGAGUUCGCUGGUACUGAUCAUGCGCAUGGAUGAAGACCAUGAUGAUAGAGUGUACUGGCUUGGGGCGAUUUUUGGGUACCGGAUAUGCUGAAGAGGUGGUGAGAGUCAAACUUACUCAAAAUCUAGGUACGUAAUCGACUCUUUGAAGAAAUACGUUUGCUGCGAGGAAAAGUAUUCAGUCAGUUAUGCAAAAACACCAAAACGUUUGCCCUUUUGCUAUCAGUUAUUGAAGCUGGGUCCAUCAGGAAGAAGAAAAAACUACCCCCAGCUCUGUCAGUAUUUAAAUUCAGAGAUACUAAUGAAAAUUUCAAUCAACAGCGAAUUUAAAAGCGGGGAUACUAGAGGAGACACGGUUCGCUCUAGAUACCGAGCUACCAGGAUGCAGCACUGAUGGUGAGUGUUUCCGUUGAACCUAUUUCGAUCUUCCCAUGGUAGAGGCUGAGUGUGCUACAAUAGAAUGGAGAUCGGUGGAAAUCUUCACUACAAUCCUAAGGGUGGUCGCUCGUACGAGUAGCAGGGCCUUCGUUGGCCUUCCUUUGUGCCGGAAUGAGGACUGGUUGACUGUCUCAAUCAUGUUCACCCGGGAUGUUUUCAUGACUCUCGGAAAACUCACCCACGUGCCAAAACCGAUACGCCCACUCUUUGCCUAUAUAUUCAAUUCAAUCGGAGAGAUUAGGUCGCAUAAGGAAAAGGCGCAGGCCCUCCUGGAUCCGAUUUUUCAAAGCCGUCUUGAGGAGGAGAGACUCGCAGAAAAGAAUGGAACAGUUUAUCAGAAGCCCAACGACAUGCUUCAAUGGCUCACGGAUCGAGUUGAUCCACCUUACAAGAGCGUCGAAUCCUUGUCCGAACUACAGCUUCUUAUUAUCCUAUCAUCGAUUCAUACCAUGUCUCUUGCACUUCUCAAUACAAUUUUCGACCUCGCUGAGCAUCAGGAGUGCGUUCAACAAAUUCGUGAGGAGAUCGAAGCCGUACUUUCCGCGAAUAACGGAGUGUUGGACAGCGCUGCUCUGCGCAAGAUGAAAAAGACUGAUAGUUUUUUGAAGGAAGCAUUGAGAGCGAGGAUUGGCCUCUGUAAUCACAACGCUAUCCCUUCCCCGAAGUCACGCCGCUAAUUCAUUGUAAAGUUAGCUUCAAUCGUAUGGUUAUGAAAAGUUUGACACUUUCCGAUGGCACCUACCUACCGAAGGGUGUUGUGAUUGCUGCCCCUACCUCAAUGUUUUCUACCGAUCCAGAUUUCGUUGAGGAUCCUGAGAAAUUCGAUGGGUUCCGUUGGUACAAAAAGUCUCUUGAAGCUGAGGGCGGUGUGCUUCAUAGCAACAACUUCACCACAACCUCCCCGAACGACCUCACCUUUGGUCACGGGAAACACGCAUGCCCCGGUCGCUUCUUUGCCGCCGAGGAGAUGAAGAUUAUCCUCGUUUUCCUCCUCUUUCGGUACGAUUUCAAGUACCCCGAGGGUCAGUCUCGCCCUCGAAACCUUAACCACGGGGAGUUUUCAUAUCCCGAUACUACCAAGCACCUUCUUUUUAAGAAGAGCACGGGCCCGAUGAAAUUUCCCUUUCUACAAUAAACAGCUUAGCCAGAAUCCCCUUAUUUCAUUCUCGAAUUUAUGCUCUUCGUGUGGACCUUCUCUGUUUUAUCUUUUUUUUUGUUUCCCCGUCGUCUAUCUGGGUAGCUCUUAUAAAUUAAACUGGUUUCUGGUGCAC